CCAUGCAAGAAGUGGGCGGUAGGGACAAUGCGUCACGGGGUCGGCACAUGAUAAAGGCUCCUUCCUGUAAUAGGAAAACAGACGCGAUCUCGAGUCCAACAAAUAAACGCCAUUGCCGACCAUCGUAUGCGAACCGUCAUCACAAGCCUUGUGGUGCAGUCUACGAGUAUCGGAGUACUCGGACAAGUAAUUCCAAACACCACCGGAAGUCCCUGCGUUUAGCUGCCAGAAGCCGCAGCAGGCCAGCAACCUGGAAAAGAAACAAGGCUGUUGGGUGCUAACUGGAGCUCGGAAAUGAUGGAGGAGGCUAAUACGUCCUAGUUACGCUCGAUGGUGACCCUGUAGACUCAUCGACACGUAGACGUUUCACGUACCGUCGCAUCACUGACCUGAUAAGCCAAUCUUAGAGC